CUGGCGUCACUAGGCAGCGCCCGCUUGUGCAAAAGUCUUAGUGAAGCAGCCUGGCGUGUUGCCCCCGCAGUUCCCCGCCGGUCGCUGUUUCCGAAACGCGCUGCAGGUGUCUAGGCGCCCGCUGACCUCGGCCCCCAGCUCGGUGAGCCCUAGCCCGACAGCUCAGGGAGCCCGGCAAGACCCGCCGCCGCGGCCAGGACCUAAUUUUUUCUUCACAGGUUCUGAUGCUGGUCUCUUGUAGAAGGUUGCUCACAGCUUUGCUGCAGGCUCAGAAGUGGCCCUUUCAACCCUCCAGAAAUAUGAGACUGGUGCAGUUCCAGGCACCCCACCUGAUGGGACCUCACCUGGGCCUGGAAUCAGGGAAUGGCGGGGGGGUCAUUAACCUCAACGCCUUUGACCCCGCACUGCCCAAGACAAUGAUGGAGUUCCUGGAGCAGGGAGAGGCCACUCUCUCGGUGGCAAGAAGAGCUCUGGCUGCCCAGUUGCCAGUCCUACCACGGUCAGAGGUGACCUUUCUGGCCCCUGUCACACGGCCAGACAAGGUGGUGUGUGUGGGAAUGAAUUAUGUGGACCACUGCAAAGAGCAGAACGUUCCUGUGCCCAAGGAGCCCAUCAUCUUCAGCAAGUUUGCCAGUUCCAUUGUGGGGCCCUACGACGAGGUCAUCCUCCCACCCUUGAGCCAGGAGGUGGACUGGGAGGUGGAGCUGGCUGUGAUCAUUGGAAGGAAAGGCAAGCACAUCAAGGCCACAGAUGCCAUGGCUCACGUAGCCGGCUUCACUGUGGCUCACGAUGUAAGUGCUCGUGACUGGCAAAUGAGACGCAAUGGAAAGCAGUGGCUGCUGGGAAAAACCUUUGACACCUUCUGCCCCCUGGGCCCUGCCUUGGUGACCAAGGACAGUAUAGCAGAUCCACACAACUUAAAGAUCUGCUGCCGAGUGAACGGGGAAGUGGUCCAGAGCAGCAACACCAACCAGAUGGUGUUUAAGACAGAAGAGCUGAUAGCCUGGGUCUCCCAGUUCGUGACUCUUUACCCAGGGGAUGUCAUCCUGACUGGGACGCCCCCAGGUGUUGGUGUAUUCAGGAAACCUCCAGUCUUUCUCAAGAAGGGUGAUGAAGUUCAGUGUGAAAUCGAAGAACUAGGCGUCAUCAUCAACAAGGUGGUGUGAUGGGUCUUACCACAAGCCCUGGACUUAAGAGGUGGGAGCAUCCACUGCCGUCCAUCACAGGGAGCAGCCCAGUGCCAGCUGUUUCAAGCUGCCUCUUCUGGGUGGAGGGAGAGGGAUGGAGCCCUCCUCGUCAAUAAAAUUCUCAGCCCAGAGCAGCA